CUCUCAUCUCUCAUACAUACCACAAUGGCCCCCAUCAAGGUUGGCAUUAACGGCUUCGGCCGUAUCGGCCGCAUUGUCCUCCGGAAUGCUGUCGAGCACCCCGAUGUCGAGAUCGUUGCCGUCAACGACCCCUUCAUCGAGACCAAGUAUGCUGCCUACAUGCUCAAGUACGACUCUACCCACGGCACCUUCAAGGGUGAAAUCACCGAGGAUGGCACCAGCCUCUCCGUGAACGGCAAGCCCGUUAAGUUCUACCAGGAGCGGGAUCCCACCAAUAUCCCCUGGAGCGAGACCGGCGCCGAGUACAUCGUCGAGUCUACCGGCGUUUUCACUACCACCGAUAAGGCCAAGGCUCACUUGGCUGGUGGUGCCAAGAAGGUCGUCAUCUCCGCCCCCUCCGCUGAUGCCCCCAUGUAUGUGAUGGGUGUCAACGAGGAGACCUACGAUGGCAGUGCCGAUGUCAUCUCCAACGCCUCUUGCACCACCAACUGCCUGGCUCCCCUCGCCAAGGUUCUCAACGACAAGUUCACCAUCGUUGAGGGUCUCAUGACCACCGUCCAUGCCUAUACUGCUACCCAGAAGACCGUCGAUGGUCCCUCCGCCAAGGACUGGCGUGGUGGCCGUACUGCUGCUCAGAACAUCAUCCCCAGCAGCACGGGUGCUGCCAAGGCUGUCGGCAAGGUUAUUCCCGCCCUCAACGGCAAACUGACCGGCAUGUCCAUGCGCGUUCCUACUUCCAACGUCUCCGUUGUCGACUUGACCGUCCGUCUCGAGAAGGGCGCCACCUACGACGAGAUCAAGGCUGCUAUCAAGGAGGCUGCCGACGGUCCCCUUAAGGGCAUUCUCGCCUACACCGAGGACGAUGUUGUUUCUUCUGAUCUUCUCGGCAACCCCGCUUCUUCCAUCUUCGACGCCAAGGCCGGUAUCUCCCUCAACAACAACUUCGUCAAGGUCGUCUCCUGGUACGACAACGAGUGGGGCUACUCCCGCCGUGUCCUCGACCUUCUGGCCUACAUCUCCAAGGUCGAUGCCUCCAAGUAAAUGCAUCUUGUCAUACUUUCAACGGAUGGCGAUGUGAAAA